CUCAACUUUUGAAUCUAGCCAGAAAGCUAACGUUAUUCAUCGAGUGAAAGGGACUUAAUUUUUUUUAUUUUAUUAUAUAUAUAUACAUACAAUGGCAGAGGAAUCUGCUGUCAAAGUCUGUGUACGGGUUCGACCUCUGAUAGAAAGGGAGGAAACUGCUGCAGAAAGCGCCGAGCCAGUCAAGUUGUAUUGGAAAACGGAUAAGAAGACAAUUUAUCAGGUUGACGAUGGAAAUCUUACCAAGAACUUCAGUUUUGACCGUGUAUUUAGUGCUGAAGAAACAACUCUGCAGCUGUACCAGGAACUUGCAAAGCCUCUUGUUGUCUCCACUGUUGAAGGUUAUAAUGGAACAAUAUUUGCUUAUGGACAAACUUCAUCUGGAAAGACUUUCACUAUGAUGGGGAGUUCUCUUACUCCAGGAGUUAUACCCCUUGCCAUGGAGGAUGUCUUCCAGACUAUAAAAAAUUGUCCAAAAAAGGAGUUCCUCCUGAGGGUGUCGUACUUGGAGAUCUACAAUGAAACAGUGACAGAUUUGCUCUGUGACAGUUGGAAAAGGAAACCUCUAGAGAUCCGAGAGGGAAACAAUAAAACUGUCUAUGUAGCUGACCUAACUGAGGAACUGGUGACAUCUCCUGAGCAAGCCCUUGCGUGGAUUAGAAAAGGAGAAAAGAAUCGCCAUUAUGGAAAGACAAAAAUGAACCAGCGAAGCAGUCGUUCGCACACAAUUUUCCGCAUGAUCUUGGAGAGUCGUGACAGGGGUGACUCUGCAUCUGGUGAAAAUUCAGACGGCGCCAUUAUUGUGUCCCAUUUGAAUUUGGUUGACCUGGCUGGGGCUGAGCGAGCAAGUCAAACAGGUGCUGAAGGUACACGUUUCAAAGAAGGAUGUAAUAUAAAUCGCAGCCUGUUCACCCUCGGUCAAGUGAUCAAGAAACUGUCUGAUGAAACCCAGAAGGGUUUCACUAACUACAGGGACAGUAAACUCACCCGUAUUCUCCAAAAUUCCUUGGGUGGAAAUGCAAAAACUGUCAUCAUCUGCACCAUCACCCCAGUUACUCUGGAAGAAACACUUAGCACUCUUCAAUUUGCUAGUGCAGCAAAGAACAUGAAGAAUGACCCGCAUGUCACAGAGGUUUCUGAUGACGGAGCCCUUCUGAGAAGAUACAGAAAUGAAAUUGUGGACCUCAAGCGCAGACUUCAUGAGGUCUCAUCCGUCACUCAAACAACCGCGACAGAGAAGGAGACUCUGUCCCAGAUUUUGCAAGAGAAGGAUCAGCUCCAAAGAGAACAAGAGGACAGGAUUAAGAAUUUAACCAAACUUCUAGUCACUUCGUCAAACUUCGUAACCAUCAAAAAGAUGCCGAAACGUAGGGUUACGUGGGGUGGAAAACUGCCAUCACCAGCCUUCCACCAUGCGGGAGAGUCUGACCUAAGCUUUGCUGAGCCUUUUCUCAAAAAGAGAAAAGCUGAUAUGUCUGUCUUGACAGAGCAGAAUGAAGAUGGCGAGGAGUUCGAUUCUACCUUUGACAUGGAGAUGAACCAGAGCAAUAUGACCGUGCGUGGUUUUGCAGAAAGUGAAUUUUUAUCUCCAAACCAACUGAACAAAUUGUCUGAGAAGGUGUCCUGUCUGGAGCUCCAGCUGGAAAAUGAGACUCAGCAGAAGCAGGAGGCCAUGGAGGAAAUGGAGACAUUUCAGAGGAGGGUUGUGGAACUGGAGAAGCAGCUAGAAGAAAAGUCACUAAUGCCUGCUGAUGCACAGUUGGAAAAUGAGACUCAGCAGAACCAGAAAGCCAUGGAGAAGGUUGCUACUUUCGAGAUGAGGGUUGCUGAACUGGAGAAGCAGCUAGAAAAGUCUCAAAUGCCUGCUGAUGCACAGGAGCAGAUGAAAAGGGGAUUUGAAGAGACCAUUCAACUCUGUGAGACGUUGGUGUCUGAGAAGGAAAUGGUUUCUACUGAGCGUGAUUAUCUCAAGCAGGAGCUCAACAUCCUAAUGGAACAGACUGAAAACUUGAAGAAAGAAAAGGCUGCACUUCUUCAGGAGAUGGAGGAGAAGAAAGAGAUGGAUGAGUUCAAUUCUUUGGAAGAGGAGAGCAAAAGAGAAUAUGAGAAAGAACUACUGAAUGACAUUUCCUCCUUAAAGAAGGCCAUGGAGGCCUCGGGAUGCAAAUCUCAAGAGCUUGAGGCUAAUCUGGUGGCAAUGUCUGAGGAGCUGAAAAAGAAAGGCGACUGGGCAGAGGAACUACAAAGAUCGAGUGACGUUGACUUGGUCCAAGAAGUGAAGCAGCUGCGACGCUCUCUGGACGAUGCUGAGGGGUUGAGCCGUGACACUAAGAAGGAGUGGGCCCACCUGCGCAGUGAAAAUAUCUCACUCAAAGAGAGGGCUGUGACUCUAACUGCUGGCUUUGAGAGGAUGGAAGCUCAGGUGAAUGGCCUUCGCCAUCAGUUGGAGACAGAAAAAUCGAGCUUCAAAAAGAUGCAGGUUGACCUUCAGAGGGAGUUACAGGGAGCCUUUGAGGAGAACACCAAGCUUACUACUCUUCUGGAUGGAAAAGUUCCCAAAAAUCUCAUAGACCGCAUUGAACUUGAGAAAACAGUUGCUGACCUGAAGAAAGAGCUGGAGAUGUCUCAUGAAGAUGAGAGAACCCUACAAGCUAAGAUUGAGGAUUUGAGUGCACUGCAGGAUCUUCCAGAUAAAGUCAACAGUUUGAUGAAGCAGGUAUGUGAUCUCACGGAGGAGCUCUGUGCAGUCCAAAAAGAGAGAGACAUGCUGUUGUCUGCUAAGGCCUGCAGUGAGGAGGAAGCUCAUCAAUUCAGAGAACAUGUCCAGAGCUCCCAGGAGCAGCUAGUCAAACUUCAAGAUGACCUGAGCAAAGCAGAGUUGAGGGAAAAUGACCUAACCCAGCAGUGCACCGACAUCACUGAGCAACUGGAGACUUUCCAUAAGGACUUGGCGCGCUCCUCUCUGGAGAACAGUCAGCUUCUGACUACUGUGGAACAGUCCACCCUGAGACUGAAGGAGAAUGAACAGUAUCGCGCAUCAAUUGAAGAUCAAUUGUGUGGAAUGCAACAAGUCAUGAAAGAGUUGGAGGAGAAGCUUGCUGACAGUGAAUCAUCCAAGGAAAAAUAUGACAAUUUAUCCCAGGAACACCAAGAUCAGAUAAGGCAGCUGAGUGAGGAGGUGAUACAGGUCCAGGCAGAACUAAAACGGCAACAGCAUCUGAACUCAGAACAGCAGUCAUGUACCCAACAAGAUGAUCAACAUCAGCUACAAAUACAGGAACUACGAGCUGCAUUGGAGACCAUGACAGAGGAAAGGAGCCAGUUGAACAGUGACUUGCAGCAAAAUAUGGAAAUGGCUGCAGAGACUCAGGGACUUCUCCAUUCCAUCCAAGAGGAGCUCAGACAACAGAGACAAGUGAACGCUGACCUUGAGAUCCAAAGUUUACAGAAGGAGUCUCUUCUAGAACAGCAGAUGAUGCAGCUGAGUGAUGCACUUGAGUCUGGGCAAGCUGAGAGAGAGCAUCUCCUGUUUGAGAAGACGGACAGCUCUCAGAAUCAUGCAGAGGAGUUGGAGAAGCUGCUCUCUACUGUGACCUCACUGACUGGAGAGAGAGACCAGCUCCAGGAGAUACUGGAGGGAAUCCGAGAGGAGAGGAACCAGCUCAAGAGAGACCUGGAGGACAAAGUGAGAUGGAGGAGCUUGAGUCUGUGCGAGCUGAGAGCGAGCGUCUCCUUGUUUGAGAAGACCGAACGCCUUCCGAAUAUGCAAGAGGAGUUGGAGAAGCUGCUCUCUACUGUGACCUCACUGACUGGAGAGAGAGACCAGCUCCAGGAGAUACUGGAGGGAAUCCGAGAGGAGAGGGACCAGCUCAAGAGAGACCUGGAGGACAAUGUGGAGAUGCAACAUCUGAACUCUGCACACCAGCCCCAUAGAGAACAUCAGGAGACUGACCUACGUUUGCAGAUGCAACUAGAGGCAGUGAAGGAGUUAGAGGAGCGACUGGAAGCUGUUAAAGAGGAGCGGAGCCAGCUGAAGACUGACCUUCAGGACAAUGUAGAGAUGAUGAUUGAGAAUCAAGAGGAACUAAGGGGGGCUCAAGAGAAGAUCAAAUCGCUACAGGGGAAAAUCCAACAACUUCAGACUCAGAAUGCAGAUGUUGAGACAAGGUUGAACAACAUAGAUGUUCCAGAGAAUACGUCCUGUCUAGGAGAGCUGCAAAACCAGAUAAGGCAGCUGAAUAAGGAGCUAAAGUCUGUGCAAGAUGAGAGAGAGUGUCUCCUGUCUGAGAAGACAGACAGCUCUCAGUAUCAUGCAGAGGAGUUGGAGAAGCUGUUCUCUACUGUGACCUCACUGACUGGUGAGAGAGACCAGCUCCAGGAGAUACUGGAGGGAGUCCGAGAGGAGAGGAACCAGCUCAAGAGAGACCUGGAGGACAAUGUGGAGAUGUCCAUCAAAUUCCAGGAGGAGUUGAAACAGCAGCGACAUCUGAACUCAGAGCAACAGACUGAGAGGGAACAUCAAGAGGCUCAACUUCAGCAGCAACUACAGCAGCUAGGAGAGAACUGGAAACCACUAAGCCAGCUGAAUGAGGAGCUUGAGUCUGUGCGAGCUGAGAGAGAGCGUCUCCUGUCUGAGAAGACAGACAGCUCUCAGAAUCAUGCAGAGGAGUUGGAGAAGCUGCGCUCUACUGUGACCUCACUGACUGAAGAGCGAGACCAGCUGCAGGAGAUACUGGAGGAGUCCGAGGAGAGGAACCAGCUCAAGAGAGACCUGGAGGACAAUGUGGAGAUGUCCAUCAAAUUCCAGGAGGAGUUGAAACAGCAGCGACAUCUGAACUCAGAGCAACAGACUGAGAGGGAACAUCAAGAGGCUCAACUUCAGCAGCAACUACAGCAGCUAGGAGAGGAACUGGAAACCAUGACACAGGAGCGGUGUCAGUUGAAGGGUGACCUGCAGGAAAAUCUGGAGAUGGCUGCAGAGACUCGACUUCUCCAUUCCAUCCAAGAGGAGCUCAGACAACAGAGACAAGUGAACUCUGACCUUGAGAGCCAAAGUUUACAGAAGGAGUCUCUUCUAGAACAGCAGACUAAGCAGCUGAAUGAGGAGCUUGAGUCUGUGCGAGCUGAGAGAGAGCGUCUCCUGUCUGAGAAGACGGACAGCUCUCAGAAUCAUGCAGGGCAGUUGGAGAAGCUGCUCUCUACUGUGACCUCACUGACUGGAGAGAGAGACAAGCUCCAGGAGAUACUGGAGGGAGACCGAGAGGAGAGGAACCAGCUCAAGAGAGACCUGGAGGACAAUGUGGAGAUGAUGCAGCAGCUACAGGAAGAAGGCACACACAUGAGAGAUGAGAGGUCCCAGAUUCAGGGAGACCUGCAGGAAAAUAUGGAGAUGGUCAUACAAGUCCAGAGGACAUUAGAACAGCAGCAACGUCUGAACUCACAACAGCAGGCUGAGAGCGAACAACAAGAGGCCAAACUGAAACAACAAAUGAAGCAGCUGGAGGAGGAAUGUAAAGGUUUCAAAGAAGGACAGUUUCACUUCAAAGUCGAAGCAGACACCUCACACAAGAUGCUUAGUGACGCGAACGCAACCAUCUCCAUAUUGACAGAGCAGAUCAAUAACCUGGAGCAGAGCACCAGCUGUUGUACCACCAGGGCAGGAGAGGGACUGUGCUCCAGACUCGAAGCUUCAAUGCAGAAGCUCCAGGUGUCCCUCGUGAGGAUCCAGCUUGUUAUCAAUGGUGCUUCUAAGCCUGGACAUGGGCCCCUGGUCGAUGUCACACAAGUUGAAGAAGUCAUGAUACUGAAACUGUUGCCCCUUCUUCCAAAGCCCACAAAAAAGAUCUAUAGCAAUAUCAAUAGAUCUACUGUCCAGAUCACUAACGCAGUGUGGGAUACAAAGGUGCUGCUGAAGCUGUGUGCCAAGGAUUACAAAACCCACGUUGAAGCCCUGGUUCAGAAUGACUUGGCUGUAUUUGAGGAGAGGAGACUCCAGGACCUGCUCCUCUGUAGAGCCCAGGCACCCAGUCACUCAGUCAAGGUGGUUGAGAAUGACCUCCUUGGAGUCUGGGAUGAGAGACUGUCAGAGCUGUUGGACAGGAGAGAAGGUUACCUCCAGAAAAUGAACAGUGUUUUGAAGAAGCUUGAGGAGAGCCUGGCUGCUCACCCAGCGGCAGUGUCAGAGGAGCUGAGGGUGCGAGAGAGGAGCAACGAGAAGCUGAAUGCUCUAUGCAUGGUCCACUCACCGGACUCAGCAGCAGUGGAGAACUUCCUGGAGCGAGAGCUGGCCCGGCGCUCUGCUUUGGCACAGGCCAACACACUGGCUCUCCAGGGAUUGCGAGAUGAGCGAUGUGGUUUGCUCAAAGAGCUAGGCGUGGUCCGAGCACAGGCUGACAGUCAGCUGAAAGAAGAGAGGAGUAAGACCUCUACUCUACUGCAGAUACUGGAGCGUGCCUCCGUCAAGACUGAAGCUGACCUGCUGAGGGACAACCAGCAACUUGCCCUGCAACGUCAGCAGUUGGAUGGAGAAAUCAAGGAAAUGCAGAUGAGAGUUGAGCAGCUGGAAGAGGACCAGAUCAAAGCUGCUGAUAGCGUCUCAAACCACAAACAAGCCACCCAGCUACUACAAACUGAGCUUCAGGAUGCUUGUGCACAAGUCAAGGACAGGGAGGGCUCUAUUCAAAUCCUAAAAGAGAAACUCAGAGAGACGGAAGUUCUGGCUAAGAGAAGAGCAUCACCUAGUGCUCUUGAGCUUGAAGAGCUGAAUGCUAAAGUUUUGAAAAUGGAGUUGGAGAUGACUGCAUCAUCCUCUAAACACCAAGAAGAGUUACUCAGGAUGACGACGGUCCUGAACCACAAGGAGGACGCUCUGAGGACGCUGAAGGAGACUCUGAGAAGAUCACAACAGGAGGGAGAAAAGUCAUUCAAUGAGGGACAGGAUCUGCAUGCCAGACUGAUAACCGCCAGAGGACGCACAGUCCAAAGCAACAUUCUCCUUGAAAAGAACAAACUUGAGGAGGAACUGAAAAGGCUACAGAGCAAAAUUUCUGAAUUGGAGAGCCUUGUGUCCACUCAGCAAGGAGAGAUCACAAAGUGGAAGGCUAGAGCAAUUAAGCUGAAGGAGAAGAAGAGGGACGUGGUAGACAAGCCUCUGUCUCCAUGUACUCCUACAAAACACCGCCUUCCCAUGAAUUCUGAGCAGUUCCUCAACUCUCCCAAGAGGUUCCUCAACUCUCCCAAGAAGUUAAUUGACUCUCCCAAGAAGUUCCUAGACUCUCCCAAGAGCAAGUUCUUCGAUGUCCGUCCAGGCUCUGAAUCCAUGUCGAUCAACUGUCCCAAGCAGUUUUUUGAUAACUCCAACCUUGGAACCAUUCAAGAGGUUGCGGGUAUUCCCAUAUCAGAAAUUGAGGCUGCUGGAAGUGCAGAAGAGGGUAAUUGGUGUAAUCUGAGUGUUUGUGAUAAAAGUGUUAUUGCUAAUUGGAGCACAAACACCUCAUCUGGCUGUUAAUGUCACUUGUCACAUACUGGUGUAAUGGAGUGAGGUAUAAGGGUUGGUAACAAAAUUGUGAUAACACUUCAUCACUGUUACUAACGUUAACGCUAUCUUUGGUAUUUUAACCUAUACCAGGCUUGCUUUGGUUCUGCAUUGUUUUUUAUUUCGUAUUGUUUUGGCUGAUUUGGUCUUAUCU